UCUUACUGUUCAUUAAACUCUUCUCUGAUCUUCUACAUACUUCAAAUUACGACCAGCAAUGGCUAUCCGAGUGCCUAGAAUUAUGCAUGCCAAGCAGAUUCUUCGUCAGUCGAAACUGUUUGCUAAUCAAGCUGCCUUCACCUCAACAAACGUUCCCAAAGGAUACUUUGCAGUCUAUGUUGGGGAGAGUCAAAAGAAGCGAUUUGUACUUCCAAUUUCAUUCUUGAAUCAGCCUUUAUUUCAGAAGUUGUUAAGUAUAGCUGAGGAAGAAUUCGGAUUCAGUCAUCCUUUGGGUGGUCUCACAAUUCCUUGCAGAGAAGAGGUCUUCAUUGAUCUCACUUCACGCUUGCAUUAGUUGUCUACUGCUAAACAAUAAUCAGCUGAUACAAUUUUUUUUCCAUUCAUGUACAUCCUUCUGUUCUUUUGGCGGAAAGCGAUGACCAAAUGUAUACUUUACUGAGAACUUAUUUUAAUACAAAUUACAGUGGUUUAUUCUCAAAUUUUCCUUUCAUUUAUUCUUCUCAAAAACAUUGUUCAUUUGGUA